UGCUUCUUAAACCGUGGCAUGUGCCCAGGAUUAGAAACAACGUAACAGAUUAAACACAGCUUCCAUCCAGCAAAGCACCUUGUACACUGGCAAUGCCCAGGGACAGGGUCAGCCCCACAGACGGGACUAACUACAAUAGAGACACACCCAAGAGCUAAUAUAUGUAAAGAAAGGCACUUUGAUCAUUGAUAUCAGGUACCAAGUGGAAGAUGCCAACACUGAAUUAGACCAGAGCCUUCACUGGACAUUGGAACUUUGGGUGAGGAGGCCUAAAGAUUUAAUCACUGCGGAGGAUUUCUUACUCUCGUGGAAUAACAGCUUUCCUGACAAGGGGGGUCACUCUGCUCAGCAGAAUGUCACUCUCUCCCUCUUGUGAAGAAAAAAUGUACUGCACUUCAAUAGAUUUACAGAUACUUUUCUACAUAAUGUUCAAAUCCCUCCGCCAGCGAUUAACCAGAAACCGAGCAGGACCCAAUCGCCGGAGAGCUCGCCUGGUGUCCAAAGAUGGGAGGUGUAACAUAGAAUUUGGAAAUGUUAGAGAACAUUCAAAGAUUGGCUUCCUUGUGGAUAUUUGGACAACUGUCCUUGACCUCAAGUGGAGGUACCAGAUGGCUAUCUUUAUCUCAGCGUUUCUGGGAAGCUGGUUUCUCUUUGGUUUGCUGUGGUACGCUGUUGCUUACAUGCAUAGGGAUCUUCCUGAAUUUUCACCUUCCCACAGCCACAUACCUUGUGUGCAGAACCUCAAUGGAUUGACUAGUGCCUUUCUGUUCUCGCUUGAGACUCAGGUUACCAUUGGUUAUGGCUUCAGAUGUGUGACAGAACAAUGCGGUGAAGCUAUCUUCCUCUUGGUGACUCAAUCCAUCCUUGGUGUUAUCAUUAACUCCUUCAUGUGUGGAGCCAUUCUGGCCAAGAUCUCCAGGCCAAAGAAACGAGCCAAAACCAUUACCUUCAGCAAGACUGCUGUGAUCAGCAAACGUGGGGGCAAACUCUGCCUCCUGAUCCGAGUUGCCAACCUCAGGAAAAGCCUUCUCAUUGGCAGCCAUAUUUAUGGCAAACUUUUGAAAACCACUGUGACACUAGAGGGGGAAACCAUCAUAAUGGACCAGGUCAACAUCGACUUUGUUGUUGAUGCAGGGAAUGAGAAUCUAUUUUUCAUAUCACCUUUGACAAUCUACCACAUCAUUGACAAAACCAGCCCCUUUUAUGAGAUGUCAGCUGAGACCAUCAAGCAACAAGACUUUGAGCUGGUGGUCUUCCUGGAUGGCACUAUAGAAGCCACCAGUGCCACCUGCCAGGUACGAACCUCAUAUAUACCAGAAGAAGUGUUCUGGGGCUAUCGGUUCGCACCCAUUGUCUCCAAAUCGAAGGAAGGGAAAUAUAGAGUAGAUUUCUCUAACUUUGGAAAAACAGUGCAGGUGGACACCCCACAUUGUGCACAUUGCCAUCAGAUUGAGAAGGAGGCCAAGAUCAAUGACAAUGACAACGUGAUAACCCAGGUCAAUGAAGUAAAUGAGACCAAAAUGUGAAGGCAUUUUUCAAACUUUGUUCAAUAUUCCUUUGGUACUUCUUGUCUUACUCUACUGUAAAGGCCUUGUCUACUUCAUGUGUGAUGAUCAUACCCUAUAUAUUAAGGGUAAGCCUUAGGGUAGCUGUGAUACAGAGCAGGGUUGUUUUAGCCAGAUGUGGUACAGUGAGGGAAGAACGUCUCAGGCCAGAUGUGAUGCAGGAUACAUCUGUCAAAGGCCAAGUGUGAUAAAUGGAAGGGACGGAUGUAGGCUAGUUGUGAUGUGUCAUGGGGGUGGAGUCUCUCAUGACAGAUGUGACAAUAAGAGGGCAGUUUCCUACUGUCACAAAGAUGAGAAAAUCUGCAGAAGUUGGAAAUCCAAACCAACACACACAAAAUGCUGAAGGAACUUAGGUAGCAUCUAUGGAAAUAAAUAAAUAGUCAAUUUCCUACUGUAAUGCUUUGGCACUCAGAUCAGGUGGGAUAUGGGGGGGGGGGGGCGGAGGAUGUAAGCACAGAGCCAGUUGCAGGCCAGGCCUAGCACAAGCGGGAGACUUUGCCCAGGUGUGAUAUUGAACAGUCUCACACGAGGAACUGUUUGCAGAGGGGAAACCUGAAGCUGGCUUUGGGAGUGAAAGGGCAGUCCAUAGCAUUUUAGUGCCAAAUGUGAAACACUAAAAUCCAUUUCUCUGCUUUGUCGUGCUUCUAGUGAUUUGGAAAAUAAGGUGAUUACACAAUGAACUGCUCUCCCACCUCCCCUCAGCUGAAGGUGUCACAAUCUGUUCACUUUAUUGCAAUGCUUCUCCCGCUCUGGAACUGAUCAACACUCUAUUAGUUGAUGCUUGCCUGAGCCUCUUGUACCUCCUCCCAUUCAUCCUCACUGUGACGAUCUCCCUGUUUCCCACUCCGUCCCUGUCUCUGCUCUGGCCCAGGGGGAGAGCUGCCAUACUGUUCCACAUCCUGCUGAAACUGUCCCCAUGUUGAGUUCUCUGCCUGUUGGGUUUAGUGUGGCUUCUCCUAGUGGGACCAGCUUACUAUGUCAUCUACAUUCAGAAUGGUUGAUGGAAAUGACUGGUAGAUUUCAGAGGUUCUUUUAAAAUGCAGUAAAAAUCAGAAUAUUUUUAAAAUCAA